GGGGCGCGCUCCCCUCUCGCGCGGCGCUCGGCACCUGCCGCUCGAUGGCCGCGGGGACACUCUGCCCGGCACCGUCUCUAUGGCGCCCCCGCGGUGGCCGCUGCCCUUCGCUCCCUGAGCCGGGGCCUGCUGCAGGCCGGAAGCGCCGAGGACAUGGCCAAGUACCUGGCGCAGAUCAUCGUGGUGGGGGUGCAGGUAGUGGGCAGGGCCUUCGCUCGGGCACUCCGGCAGGAAUUUGCAGCCAGCCGAGCAGCGGCCGAUGCGCGGGGACGCGCCGGGCCCCAGUCUGCUGCAGCCACCAGCAUCUCGGGGAUCAGCCUGCAGGAGGCCCAGCAGAUCCUCAACAUCUCCAAGCUCAGCCCGGAGGAAAUUCAGAAGAACUACGAUCACUUAUUCAAGGUGAAUGACAAGUCAGUGGGGGGAUCGUUUUACCUGCAGUCUAAGGUGGUGAGAGCCAAGGAGCGGCUGGACGAAGAGCUCCGAAUCGAGGCCCAGAGACAGAGUGAAAGAGAACAGGGGCAGAAGCCAGAGACGUAACUACCCUCCAUGCCCUCUUCUCAGCCCCUCUAAAUUAUAGCCAGCCAAUAAAUCCCCUCUCUGCA